UGUUAUCAGGUGAUUCCUCUGUAUGUUAUGGAGAACCAAUCAUCAACAACAAUAAGCUCUCCAGUGAAGUGUUGCUGUCCAUCCACUUCCACCUUUAUCUCACACGACAGCACAUCAUUGCCUCUGCUCAGUCUGGGUAAUCCAUUCACCCUGUCUGCUCAAACCCUGGGCGGUCCAGAGUUCUUCCCAGGAUGCCGAGUGCUGGCCAGGAGGGAGGUGGAUGGCCUCUACUACCUGGGAACUGUGAUACAGCAAGUACAGGGCCGCGGAGGAGUUUGGGUUGUCCAGUUUGACCAUCCAGGAGGUGCUGGUUCGGGGUUCGUCUCCUCCCAGAGGCAGCUGGUUUGCUCCCCCGACAUGGUGAAAGACGUCAGAGCUCACAUAUGCUGUCUGGUACCCGCUGAUGCUGUCCUGUCGCCGUGGGAACCAGAUCUGAGAAGAUAUGGGCCGGGGAGAGUGAUGGCCGCCACCGAACACAGAGAUAGCUUUGGAGUUGAUGUUAAGAGCCUCCGGGUGCUGAUGUGGAAUGGUUGUGUGUCUCUGGUUCCCGGCAGCCUGGUUUUACCCAUUUCAGCUCCUCAACAUGCCAGAAUAGUCAGGGAGCUCCAAAUCCCGACAUCAGCCUCCAGUCGUUGUUGCAGCUGGCUUUGUGCUCGCAGCUCCUCCUGCCCUCCCCAGCUGUUCUGCCCCGGCGGCUGUCAGUCUUCAUCUUGCUGCUGUUCCUACUCAAACCCUCGGCCAUGCUUAUUUCCACUCAGCUGUAGGUCCAGCUUUGGAGGAACGGAUGGAUUUGAAAGGGCAGAGCAAGAUAAACAGCUAGACCUAAAAAAUACAGAUGUGGGCAGGCGUGACCCCGAGGUGCCCUCACCCUCCUCCUCUUCAUCUCUUUCUGAGGAUGAAGACAGAGUGAAGCCGAGGAGCAAACAGCAGCGUCCUCCCUGGAGGUACUGGAGACAAACUGGGUCAGAGCCACAACACAGACAGCCAGGGCCUUUAGUGCCGAGGAGGACAUCCCAACCUGCGAGGUCCAGCUUCCCUGUCCCACAGAUCGGUGCCUUGCCCAAUCACAGCUCUCUGUUUCAGUCACUUCCUGGUGCUGAAGGAAGAAGAGCGAACAUCAAGGAUGUUUUUGUAACGACCAACUUCAAACCUCGACCCCCAGCGGCACUGCGGCCUUUCUCUUGCAACACCGCUACUUCGGUUUCCACAUAACGGAUGAAACCUGGCCAUGUAGCUGUAUAAAGUUAAACAACAAAUUGAUUAAAAAAAAUAAUUUAUUUUUAUACACUGGUGCGGCAUUAGUGCAAGUAAAACCAUAUAGUAAAGGGCAUGAUGUGC